GUUCAAAUUGUCUGGACAGCUGCCUUUACUCUCUAUCCAAAUAUCAGACCAGAACCUGACACGCAUCUUGGAGCUAAUUGAUAGUAUUCCUAAGCCAGAAAGUGCUCCUGCUACCAGUAUGCUUCCAAAAAUAACUGAGUCUAUGGUAUCGCCUGUGCUUUCAGCAACACAUUUAUCGCAAAGUGUGUUUCCUGGUUUGGAUCUUCAUUCUUUUACUGAGUCAGAAUCAGAAGAAGAAUUUUAUGAUGCUCUGAGCAGUCCUGUGGAUGACAUGCCAUUUUUUGAAACUCCGUCUGGUUCCCUCAAGCAAACUAGCAGUACAAGGCAAAAAAUCCUAUGUAAACAGGAAUCUUUGAAAGCUAUGACAAAAUUCCAGCUGAGGUUUGAAGUAGCUGAGGUCUUAAUUAAACUAUGCCGUCUUACUGAUAAUGCUGAGACACCUGUGCUGGAGCUUUGUAUUGUUAAAUUAGGCACUGAACUUAAAUUAAGAAGAUUUGAUGUGACGGCAAAUGCUUUCCUUCGUGAAGUUUCUCUGCUGUGCCCAGAGUACAUGGAUGAUAAUGACAAGCCAGUUUACAUAGUUACUACCUUGGAUAAUGUAGAUGAUGAUCUUCUUACUCUGGAGUACAUAAAGGCUGAUAUUAAUGGACCAGAACUGAAAACUAUUUAUCAGAAUGUUCUACAGAAAAUAAAGGUGAAGUUUUCAUCUCUAGAUGUUCAACUGCAUUCUCAAGCUCUGCUGAAUGCUAUGAACUAUCUGAAUAAUAUUCUACCCAAACAAGAAACUAAAGUUGCAGAAGAACCAGUCUAUGAAAAAAUAGAGGAGAAGAAGGAUGUUCUUAAGAAAUUAACAUCAAAAAAAUCGAAGUAUGAAGAUGUUAUUGACCUCAAUAUCUGUGCGGAUUUAUCUUGUUUACGUAUCUUUAUUACCGAGAAAAAACACAGAAUAGCUGAAAUUCACAUUGAAGGUCUGGAUAGCCAAGUGAUCAUGAAAAAAUCAGCAACAGAAGUAACUGCAAAAUUAAAAAACAUCAUUAUUGUGGAUUCUGAUGAGACAGCAUUGUAUAAAAAGGCUCUUUACAUCACGGGAAAAGAAGUCUUCAACUUUAGAAUGAUAUCAUAUGUGAAUGCUACGGAUGGCAUUGCAUAUACAAAUAUGAAUGUUGUUGACAAUCGUAUUUACCUGACUGUUGGGUGUAUUCAAGUAGUUUUUGUCAACAAAUUUGUUUCAUCUAUUUUGGCUUUUGUAAAUAACUUUCAAGCAGCCAAGGAAGCUCUUACUGAGGCAACUGUUCAAGCAGCAGAGAAAGCAGCUACGGGUGUAAAAGAACUAGCAGAGCGUAGUUCCCGUUUGGCACUAGAUAUCAAUAUUAAAGCACCUGUUGUGAUAGUUCCACAGUCAGCAAUGUCUGCAAAUGUCCUGGUGGCUGAUCUUGGUCUAAUCACUGUGAAGAACCAGUUCUUUAUCUCUAAAACAAAAACACAGUAUAAUCUCCCGCCUGUUGUUGACUCUAUGACAGUGAAAUUGAGUGAACUGAAGUUAUACAGAUCAUGCUAUGAGCAGGAUUCAUUACAAACUGAAGUACAGUUGCUGCAGCCACUCAAUCUGGAAGUAGUUGUUGAACGAAAUUUAGCUGCCUCAUGGUAUAACGAAGUUCCUGAUAUUGAAAUAUCUGGCCUACUCAAGCCUAUGAAUCUAAUUCUCAGUCAGGAAGAUAUUACCAUGAUAUUGAGGACACUAAAUGAAAAUAUAGGUGGAAGCUCUGAUGCAACAACAUCUUUACCAGAGCCGAAAGAUACUACUAGCCAAUGUAGUGAUUUGCAUAGUACUUCACAGCACUCUGCAGGUGUAACUGUUGUGACAUCAGCCGUAGUGGAAUUGCAUUCAUCUAUGAAAAUAAAAACAACACUAAAACUGGACUUCAGAUUCGACUCUCUGACUUUAGUAUUGUAUAGUCCAGAUUCAAAACAGGUUACAAAUUUGGAUCAGAGAGAUGACCUUUUGAAGCUUGCAGAGUUUAAAUUAGGUUUGAUGUCAGCUGCUGUCAAAAUGUUAUCCGAUGGUUCAAUGAAUGCUUCAGUCAAGCUGGCGAACUGCACAUUAGAUGAUAAAAGACAGUCAAUCCAGAUGGCUACACCAAGAAUGGUGGAAAUGAAACAUGGAUUCGACAAGAAAGUUAUGAUGGAUAUAAGCUAUAAGCAGGGGAGAGAUGGCACUGUUCUUGAUGUGAUUGUUCAAGAGAUAUACCUUUGUGCAAGCAUGGAGUUUCUGCUUACUGUUGCAGAUAUAUUCUUAAAGGCUAAUGCAGAAAGUGCUGCUGCACAGAGAAAUCUCAAACAGUCAUUACCUUCAAAGGAGCAAGCACCUGUGCAGCCUAUAUCUACAAUGGAAAUGAACAUUGUUGUUAAAAAUCCAGAGAUUGUGUUUGUGGCCGACUUAACAAGAAGCGAUGCUCCUGCACUGGUAGUUACAACACAAUGUGAGGUCUUCAUUAAAAAUAGUCCUGAAAGGUAUAGCAUGACAGCUGCUGUUAAAGAGUUACAAAUGAAAGCAUGCCCAUUUCUUCCAGAAGAAAGGAAAGGAAACAUCACUACGGUGUUACAGCCUUGUGACUUCUUCUUUGAAAUGAAACAGUCAAGUACUAAUCCACAGACAGUUGAUCUAACGAUUAGAUCUCUAACAAUAAAAGUUUCACCAAUAAUCAUAAACACAGUAAUUACUAUUACAUCAGCCCUUUAUCAAACUGCAGAAACAACAGAAAAAGAGGUCAGUCCAAUUCCUCCAGACCUGUGGAAUAAGAAAGAUAUAAAAAAUCUAAAAAUGUGGUUUCUUGAAGAGUCAAAUGAAAAUGAAGAUAAAAAUCCAACUGCUGAACUGGUGCCCACAGGAGAGUCAUUGAAAAUGAAUAUAGAAUCUGUUUUUAUAACACUUGAAGCUGGUGUUGGGCACCGAACUGUACCGAUGCUUUUAGCUAAGUCCUCAUUUCUCGGGGAAGUCAAAAACUGGAGUACUUUAAUCAACCUACGUUCUCGUCUGGAGCUAGAGGUACACUAUUUUAAUGAGAUGUUUGGGGUGUGGGAACCUUUGCUUGAACCACUAGAAGUUGAGAAGACUGAUUUAUUCAAACCGUGGGUUCUUGAAAUCAAGAUGAAGAAGAAGGCUAAAAAAGCAUUGGUUGAAUCAGAUGCAGAAGAAGAACACUUCAAAAUUCCAGAAUAUAAAACAGUAAUAAAUAUUUCUUCAAAAGACCAGCUGAACAUUACGUUAUCCAAAUGUGGACUACAAAUGUUAAGUAACUUGGGCACGGCAUUUGCUGAAGCAGCUAGUCAAACUUCAGACAUCUUCAAAAAAGACCGAGCACCAUUUGUAAUAAUAAAUUCUUUAGGACUUCCCAUCACUGUCGCACCUAGUGAUUCCUUUAGUGUCCUUAAUGUUGAAUUUGGAGCAAAAACAUUUAUUCUAAGAGAUGAAGAGAAUUUAAAUAUGGAAUUUGUCAGAACUAAAAAUGAGAGUGACCAGUUCACAGCAAUGACAACUCUUUGCAGCAAGAGGUUUUACAUUCAGAUCUGUCCACAUAAUCAUUCCACUGUAGAAAAGAUUCCACUGACAAAAGUGGGUCGAUGUAUUUACAGAGUGAGACAUGAUGAAUCAGGUGUUGAAAGGGCCAUUGUCUGUCAAAUUGAUACUGUUGAAGGAAGCAAGAUGAUAACUAUACGUUCUCCUAUUCAGAUAAGGAAUCAUUUUUCAAUCCCGUUAAAUAUUUUUGAGGAAGGAAGAUGUAUAGGGACUGCUUCACCAGAAAAUGAAUUCAACAUACCGUUGUCCUCUUACAGAUCAAUACUGAGUUUGCAACCACUAGCCAAUGAAAAUGGAGUGGAAGGAGAAUAUGAUAUGUGUGAAGGAAUUACAUUUGAUGAAAUCAUGAAAAAUGUUGACAGUUUAUUACAGAGGAAAUGCCAGUCUGUGAGGUCAACUAACCACUCACUUAUCAUCAAUAUUGUUCCUGUAAAAGACAUGUUGACAACUUCAUUAUGUGCAGAAGAUCAGUGGGAUUUUCCAUAUGUUGUUCAUUUAUGGCCUUCUGUUCUUCUCCGUAAUCUUCUUCCUUAUCAAAUAACUUAUUCUCUAGAGGGAAAUGGGAACAAAUAUGACACUCUGCAAGAGGGAUGUUCAGUCCAAAUACAUAAUGCAGUCUUGGAUCAAACAAAACUAGAUUUGCAGUUACUUAACUAUCUUGAUCAAAAUUGGAAAAGUGAGUACCAUAUAAAAAGCAAUCUACCCGAUAUCAGCUUUACGACAUUUUACUGCAUCACAGAGUUGGAUAAAACUGAACUGGAUAUUGCUGUCCACGUGACCUACACAACUGGGCAGAUGGUUAUACAGAUUCACAGUCCGUACUGGAUGGUGAAUAAAACUGGUCGAAUGUUGCAGUACAAAGCUGAUGGUAUUCACCGCAAGCAUCCUCCAGAUUACAAAAAGCCGCUCCUUUUCUCCUUCCAGCCCAAAAACUUCUUCCAAAACAACAAGGUGCAGCUUAUGGUAACUGACAGUGAACUGUCUGAUCAGUUUUCACUGGACACUGUUGGAAGCCAUGGUUCUGUGAAAUGCAAGAGUCAUAAAAAAGAUUAUCAUGUCGGUGUCACCAUAGACAACAGCAGUUUUAAUAUUACUAGAAUUGUUACUUUCACUCCAUUUUUUAUGAUCUCAAAUAGAAGCAAAUACACUUUGGAAGUAGCUGAAGAAGGAAAGGAAAAGUGGAUUCCUAUUGUUUUACAACAGUGCAUUCCCUUUUGGCCUGAAAAUGAUGCCAACAAACUGCUUGUUAGAGUUGAAAAUUCUGAUGUCCUCCCAAAGAAGAUAAAUUUUGAUAAGCAGGAAAACUGUCUGCUACUGCAUUUGGACAACAAGCUUGGAGGAAUUACAGUGGAUGUUAACCUGACUGAACAUUCUACAGUGAUUACCUUUGCUAAUUACCAUGAUGGCGCAGCUCCAUUUCUAUUAAUAAACCAUACUAAAGAGGAGAUCAUUGAGUAUGGACAAAGUUCCCUUAGUGAAUUGGAAGACUGUCUUCAGCCAAACAAGGCAGUACUGUAUACUUGGGCGGACCCAGCAGGAUCUAGAAAAUUGAAAUGGAAAUGUGGAAAUAGAAUUGAGGAAAUUACCCCGAAAGAGGACAAAAUGGAAACACUCAGCCUGGACUGUAGAAAAGUGAUCUAUUUAGUGUCAUUUUUUGAAGGUUUGCAGCGUAUUGUCCUGAUCACUGAUAAUGUGGAUGUAUUUAAAUUGGCAUAUGAAAGUGUAAAAGCAGAACUAGCAGAGCAAGAAAUUGUUCUCUCUUUGCAAGAUGUUGGAAUUUCGUUGGUAAAUAAUUAUACAAAGCAGGAGGUAUCCUACAUUGGAAUUACAAGUUCUGAUGUGGUUUGGGAAACAAAACCCAAGAAGAAGUCAAGAUGGAGACCAAUGAGUGUUAAGCAGACUGAUAAACUAGAACAAGAAUUCAAAGAUUACAGUGAGCUAACUCCUUCAGAAAAUAAGAUUAUUGAGCUGGAAUCAAAUGUUUUGGUGUGUUUAACUCCUAAUGGAAUGAAUAUGAAAAUUCAACAACCACAUGAGAUUCCUAUUAGAAGGAAUUAUCUGCCAGCUUUAAAAGUAGAAUACAGCUCAUCUGCACAUCAGAAAUCUGUCAGAAUUCAAAUUUACAGGAUACAGAUACAAAACCAGAUUCCUGGAGCCAUAUUUCCCUUUGUGUUCUAUCCUAUAAAACCUCCAAAGUCCAUCACCUUGGAUUCAGCACCUAAACCAUUUACUGAUGUCAGUAUUGUCAUGAGAACCGCAGGACAUUCAGAAAUAUCUCAUAUCAAGUAUUUUAAAGUCCUGAUUCAAGAGAUGGAUCUCAGAUUAGAUCUUGGCUUCCUAUAUGCGCUGGUUGAAUUCUUUACACAAACUGACGUGCUGAAUGACCAAGAGCUAGAACUUUUCAGAAAGGAUGUUGAAUCUCUUCAAGAGGAACUGAUGAGUGUAUCAUCAAUGGAUACGUCACAAAUCAGCUUGUAUGAAUACUUUCAUAUAUCUCCAAUUAAGUUACACUUAAGCUUUUCACUCAGUACGGGUGGAGAAGACAGUAACAAAGAAGAAAGAAAGAAAGAAUUGAUACCACUUCAGUCCUUGAACCUCCAUAUAGGGGCCACCCUAACAGAUGUGCAAGAUGUUGUCUUUAAGUUGGCAUUCUUUGAACUCAGCUAUCACUUCUGUACUACACAACAGCUCGAAUCAGCAGUUGUAAGGCAUUAUUCAAAACAGGCUAUUAAACAGAUGUAUGUUCUUAUUCUUGGCCUUGAUGUCUUGGGUAAUCCAUUUGGAUUCAUAAGAGGCUUGUCUGAAGGAGUAGAAGCAUUUUUCUAUGAACCUUACCAGGGAGCCAUCCAGGGUCCUGAAGAAUUUGUAGAAGGAAUGGCACUAGGAUUCAAAGCACUAGUAGGGGGAGCUGUUGGUGGAUUAGCUGGUGCUGCAUCAAGAAUCACUGGUGCUAUGGCAAAAGGAGUAGCUGCUAUAACUAUGGAUGAGGAUUACCAGCAGAAAAGGAGAGAAGCUAUGAAUAAACAGCCCACUGGUCUGAGAGAGGGUAUCACUCGUGGAGGAAAAGGAUUAGUUUCUGGUUUUGUCAGUGGCAUAACAGGAAUAGUUACAAAACCAAUAAGAGGAGCUCAGAAAGAAGGAGCAGCUGGUUUUUUCAAAGGUGUUGGAAAAGGCUUAGUGGGAGCAGUAGCUAGGCCUACUGGAGGAAUCAUAGACAUGGCAAGCAGCACAUUUCAGGGUAUUAAGAAAGUUACAGAUUCAUCAGAAGAUGUCAUAAGCCUGCGCCCGCCUCGCUUCUUUGGUGAAGAUGGAGUUAUUAGACCUUACAGAUUAAGAGAUGGAACUGGAAGCCAAAUGUUACAGAAAAUUGAAAAUGGAAGAUUUGCAAAACUGAGAUACAUUGCACAUGCUAUGGUCAACAGCACAGAUCUGUUAAUGGUUACAAAAAGCGGUGUGUUAUUUGUGACAAAGGGGACAUUUGGACAGCUGACAUGUGAAUGGCAAUACACUUAUGAUGAAUUUACCAAAGAACCAUUCAUCGUUGAUGGCAGAAGAUUACGCAUUGAAGCCAAGGAGCGAGUUAAGUCUGUGUUCCAUGCCAAAGAAUUUGGAAAAAUUAUUAAUUUUAAAACUCCAGAGGAUGCUAAGUGGAUCCUUUCUAAACUGGAGGAAGUGAGAGAGACUCAGCCAAAAUUUUAA